AUGAUUACAUUCAUCACUAACUUCUUACAGGACAGAUCAUUCCAAACAAAAAUUGGUGAAACACUAUCAACAACUCAUACCACUGAAAAUGGAGUCCCCCAGGGCUCAGUCAUCAGUGUCACCCUGUUCUUAAUCGCAAUAAAUAAUAUAUUUGACAAUAUCCUUCCCCCUAUAAAGUAUACCAUCUUUGCGGAUGAUUGUAACAUUUUCUGUAGUGGCGUGAACAUAAAAACAACAGUCGAACUCAUCCAGCAAGCUCUGGAUGAACUCCUCAAGUGGUCAACCACAACAGGCUUCAAUUUCCCACCAUCUAAAACACAAAGUAUCAUCUUCCACAAAAAACGUAAUGAAAACUUAUUCCACAUCAAUUUAAAUAACACCAUUAUAUCAUAUACAGAUAAAAUAAAAAUACUAGGUAUGACUUUCGAUCACAAAUUAAAUUGGAACCCACACCUAAAAAACCUAAAAAUAAAUGCAAACAACAACAUGAAAAUUAUGAAAACCUUAUCUCACUACUCCUGGGGCUCUGAAAAAAAUAGCCUCAUUACUAUAUAUAAAGCAAUUAUACUAGCAAAAAUGGAAUAUGGUGCAGUCAUUUAUAAUACGGCCAGAAGCAAAAUUCUCAAUAUACUAAAUCCUAUACAGAAUCAAGGCAUUAGACUAGCCACAGGUGCCUUCCGCACAAGCCCAACUGCAAAAACACUAAAAUUUGUAACUAAAUUCUCAAAUAACAAAACUCAAGUUCCAACCAGAAAACCUCUGAAUAUACAUAACAGUCCAAACAUACCUCGCACUAUCGAUGACACGUAUAAAAACAUAGCAGAUAUAAUGAAGUUCAAACCAAUUAUGUUUUACAAAAUUAUCUUCCCGUCUUCCCCUCCGUGGAUGUGGAAUAUUAAGCUCAAUACCCAACUACUCGAAUUCGACAAAAAAAUCUCCUCAACCUCAACUAUAAUAAAUAACUUUUUAGAAAUAAUAGAAGGAAAAUACCCUCACCACAUAAAAAUCUUUACGGACGCCUCAAAAUCCCCAAAUGGAACCGGUUUCGCAGUCAUAGAAAAUAACAAAACUUCAAUGUUCAAAUCUCCUCACGAAACCAGCAUUUUUUCCGCUGAAAGUCAAGCUAUCCAAAAUGCAAUCUCACACGCGACGACCUUAGUGUCUGAAGAAAUACUUAUAAUUAGUGACUCCCUUAGUGCACUCCUAGCCCUCGAAAAUCCUUACCCCAAAAAUGAAAUAAUUCAAUCCAUCCAAGAAAAGUUAUCAAACACAACAAAAAAAAUCGAAUUUCUAUGGGUCCCCUCCCACACUGGCAUAAGUGGCAACAAACUAGCUGAUAAAGCAGUCAACGAAGCAAUAGCAUCACCCAGCUCGGUACUAAUAAAUAAAAUAACAUUUCAAGACGCACUCUCAAAAAUAAAUAAUCUAACUAAAAGUCACUGGCAAGACUGGUGGGAGAAAACUCCAAACACAAAUAAACUAAAAGAAAUUAAACCAUCAAUCGACCCAUGGAAAACUCCCCCAUCCUCAUCCAGGCACGAAGAAGUAGUUACCACAAGAACCCGGAUUGGACACUCCCGCCUAACACACCUGCACCUCAUAACAAAAGAAGACAGCCCGACCUGCGAACUCUGUGACAAAGCGCUGACAAUCAAACACAUCACACUAGAAUGCCCCAAGUUCACCAACUCCAGACAAAUCCUCGGGAACCCAUUAACAAUGCAACAAGCACUUGGCGAAGAUAACUCCAAAAACAUACACAAUUUUUUCAAAAACAUAGGCUUAGCAAAAUUAAUUUAG